CCUGACAAAUCCUGGUGAUUUUAAUCCGAUGAUGUGACAGAUGGAGAGCUGUGAUGUUUGCCUCUGGCUAAAGGCAGUCAGUCAGCGUUGGACGGGGAGCUGAGAGAAGAGGCAGGGCAGGCUGGAAAUGCUUUGGCUCGGCGGUUUGUGAACGUCUGAAACAAAAGGAAAACAUGGAAGCAUGACUGGACACUGACCAGAAGACACACAAGGCUCACAGAUUGUAGUAAACAUGGGGCUCUGCGGUGUUCUGCUGCACUGAUGAAUAAACACAGUUUGUAGCCAUGCAGCAGGUCCUGGACAACCUUAAAGACCUGCCAUCAGCCACUGGAGCCAAAGACAUCGACCUCAUCUUCCUCAGAGGCAUCAUGGAGAGUCCCAUCGUCCGUUCCCUCGCCAAGGCCCACGAGCGUCUUGAGGAGGUUAAGUUAGAAGCUGUGCGGGACGACAACGUUCAGCUGGUGGCAGAGAUCUUGGAUUCUCUCAACAAGCUGCCAGAUAAAGAUCCUGCUGCUGCUGAGCUCGUCCGGAUCCUCCAGGAGCCGCACUUCAAGUCUUUGAUAGAGGCCCACGACAAAGUGGCYGCCAAGUCCUACGAAGCGCCCAACGCCACGGAGAACUGCAAUUCUUUUUUGCCAAGCUCGCUCAUGCCCGCCGACGCCRUCAGGAUGAUCGGCAUCCAGAAGAAAGCCGGGGAGCCUCUGGGGGUGACGUUCCGCGCGGUGCGGGGGGACAUGGUGAUCGCUCGGAUCCUGCACGGCAGCUCCAUCGACAGGCAGGGCAUGCUGCACGCGGGGGACGUCAUCUGCGAGGUSAACGGCCGAGAGGUGGGCAGCGACCCCCGCGAGCUGCAGGAGCUGCUGAAGGACUGCAGCGGGAGCGUCACGCUGAAGGUCCUGCCCAGCUAUAGGGACACACCGGCGCUCCCGCAGGUUUAUUUGAAGCCAUACUUCAGCUACAAUCCUGCCUCUGACAACCUGAUCCCCUGUAAAGAGGCGGGGCUGGCCUUCUCCAAAGGAGACAUACUUCAUGUCGUCAACAAGGAGGACCCCAACUGGUGGCAGGCACGUAAAGUCGUUGGUGGAGCCACUGGCCUCRUUCCCAGUCAGUUCUUGGAGGAGAAGAGGAAAGCUUUUGUGAGGAGAGACUGGGACGCUGUUGAUUCAGGUAUGCUCUGUGGGUCGCUGACAGCGAAGAAGAAGAAGAAAAAAAUGAUGUACCUCACAGCUAAAAACGCAGAGUUUGAUCGUUAUGAGCUGCAGAUCUACGAGGAAGUAGCCAGGAUGCCCCCGUUUCAGAGGAAAACGCUGGUUCUGAUCGGAGCCCAGGGAGUCGGCAGGAGGAGCCUGAAGAACCGACUCAUCGUCAUGAACCCUCUGAGAUACGGAACCACCGUCCCAUUUACGUCCCGCCGUCCCAGAGAAGAGGAGAAGGACGGCCAGAACUACUGUUUCGUGACACGAGAAGAGAUGGAGAGGGACGUCAAGGAGAGCCGAUACCUGGAGCACGGCGAGUACGACGGGAACCUCUACGGCACCAAGAUCGACUCCAUCCACGAGGUGGUGGCGACCAGCCGGACCUGCAUCCUGGACGUCAACCCCCAGGCCCUGAAAGUGUUAAAGACGGCGGAGUUCAUGCCGUUCGUGGUUUUCAUCGCUGCUCCUGAGCUGGACACUCUGAGAGAGAUGCACAAAGCUGUGGUCGACGCCGGCCUCACAACCAAGCUGCUCACGGAGAACGAUUUAAAGAAGACGGUAGACGAGAGCGCCAGGAUCCGCCGGGCCUACAGCCACUACUUUGACUUGACUAUUGUCAACGACAAUCUGGACAAAGCCUUCGACGAGCUGCAGGACACGGUGGAGCGGUUGUUCGUGGAGCCACAGUGGGUUCCGGUCAGCUGGGUGUACUGAAGCUUCAUCUCCGGCCUGGGUGGAAGAGUUUCURACGCUGCGGAGUGAAAACGUACGGGACGUCAACCUCGGAUUAUCGCACAAAGUUGCAUCAGUCACCUUAAUCUGAAUCGCCAUUUUUUUUCUCUUCUGAGCACACUAUGCAACUCUCAACACACAGGAAGUGUACUUAUUUAUGUUUAUUUAACUGGAUUAGGGAGGAAAAUACUGAUCCUGGUGUCAGAUUUUUGUUUUUGUUUUAUUCAAACAGCUUCAGCCAUCUCUGUUUACAGCUGUACGUCAGAUAGGCAAGUCUGUGUUUAUUCUGUAAAAAUGAGGGCUAUCUAAAAAAAAAAAAGAAAGAAAGUGAUACCUCAGUGUUAAGUUUACAGUGCUAAAGUGUCCACAGUUUCAUUUUGUCUCUACAAACAUGACAAAUUAGUUUUUACUGUAGGCUAAAUUAUCUCUAAACCAUUUCAUUUUUAGUAUUAUGACACAAACGGUCUCGGGUCACUGAUGAACGUCGCACAGGAAGAGAAGCAAUACUGUAGUGUUGACCCAGCACUCACUUAAGCACAAAAGACGUGAUAAACAUAUACAUGUUUGACUGUUAGACCGGUGGAUUUGGUGCUGUGUUUGUGUUACAAAAAGAAGAAAAAGAAAAAAUACAAACUUUCCCAGGACUCUUCAACACAGGGUACGUCAUCUCAGCAAGCUAUCCCUUUUGAUGUGAUACUAAAACGUAACAGUGCUAAAUAAAGUCCAUAUUUACUUAUUAAA